AUGCUAGGUUUACCCACUUUCAAUAUAGAAGAAAUUGUAGAAGAAUAUGUAAAGAGCCAAAAACUCGCCUCUCGGCAACAGUUGAAAAUGGACUUUGAUGAACUUAUUUCAAUGUGUGAGGAAAGAAUGCAAGAAGAAAACGAAAACUGGCAGCAGGAAUUCGGUGAAUUGAAGACGGAUUUUGAGCGAGUUCAGUUCUACUUACGACAUUUCUCUGAACUUGAAAGAGGUCAUUUUGAAUUCUCUAGGAACAUGUUUAAGGCCGAGGCAGUUGAAGCAGCAAGGGAACAAUUGCGAAGAUGCAACGGAAAGUCUGAUAAGAUUUCUGAGCUUUUGCUCCGGAUUAGUAAGCGCAAAAAGGAAGAAUUGAAGCCUACAUCUUCCCUGCGAUUUUCAACACUGGCAGUUUUUCACGCAUCAACAAGGAGGCAGCUGUCUCUUGCAUUGGCCCAACGGUCUAUCCUUCUGUAUGAAAUUGGACUUGUCGAUGAAGCCAUAAGUGAUGCCAACAGAGCGCUUAGGUUCGGCUUUUGCAGCAGGAUAUGUCGUGAAAGAGCAACUUUGGAGAAGCAUUCCAAAUCAAAUGUAAAUAAACAUAUCUACGACUGCAAUGGGAUUUUACCCAAUAUCCUAUUGGAUGAGCUAGCUUUGGCUCAACUUGCCUACAUGUGCAUUGGAAAUACGGACCCUCAAAGACUUAUCGAUUGUUUGUGUAGAACAGGCGCCUAUAAAAAAGGAAGAGGUCACCAGGCCUUUCGUGGUCCAGAAAAAGUAAGACGAAGACCUCCCGAAACCUUUGACUCCUCCGAUUACCAAUCUAUUGCCUGGAUGUCAAAGAAUUACAGUGGAAUAGAUACUGGACUUCUUUUGCAAUUCACACGUGCUGCUAUUUUCCUCACAUUUUGCUUAUUGGUAAGUUUGAACAAGUGA